AUGGCUGAGCAAUCGGAUGCCGACAGUGGUUGUAUCGCAUGUGGCUGGACAGCUUCCAAGCAAAAUCGGUGUCACUAUUCCAGCCAUGUGAAACUCUUCUACGGCGCAUCCCAGCGCGGCGUCUGGUCAAUCGGUUCUGAUGUCAUUCUGAAAGAUCGCCCGGACGAGGGCCCAAAGGCAAAAAUUGAAGCCAAGACACUAGACUUUCUUGCAAAAUCUACUGCCGGUACCAACAUUGAAAUCCCCGCCCCAAAACACAUACGUGACUGGGUCGAUCGUAAUGGGCGAUACUUUACCUUGACCGAACGUAUACAAGGCCAAACACUCGAGCAAGCGUGGCCGACUUUAUCAGAACCCCAAAGAAUUUCUAUUGCCGAUCAGGUUGUCCAAGUUCGCAAACAACUUCGGUUCAAUUUCACCUCAACUGCUAUGCAAAGUGUCGACCAAGGCCCUUGUUAUCCGGGCUUACUAUUUCUGGAUAUGAAACCAUAUGGACCUUUUCACUCUGACCUGGAGCUUUGGGAUGCCCUUGCUAUGGCUUAUAGCAAUGUCCCUAAAGAUGUCUUCGAGAACUUGAAAAAACGCUUUCCAAAAAGUGAGCCGUUUGUGCUCACCCAUUGCGACCUUAACUUAGGCAAUGUCAUGGUUCGGAACGGACAAGUUGUUGGUAUACUUGACUGGGAGUAUGCUGCUUAUCUUCCUGUCUGGUACGAGUAUAUCUCGGCGUCUUUUGCAUUCACGAAAAUGGAUGCGGAAUGGAAGAAGGUGCUUCGAGAGCGUCUGGGUGUACAUGGUGACGCAUAUGAUGAUGCAAGGGCCCUUUGGAAGGACCUGAUUAGUCUAAAACAAUAUCCUAAUCUAGAUGAGAAAGGCCAAGGAGCCCUUGAGAGGCUAGCAUCAGCUUAG